AGCGGUUCCGGGAACCCUCAAUCAUAGUUGGCGGCCACGAAACAUGGCGGUGUCGACAGAAUGCCUAUCUAAGAUGUCGAACGUUUUCGAGGCUGAGGUCGAACCACCCGUCUCAGCAAUCCUGGUCCCUUCUGGAAGACUGUUCGGCACAGACGCAGGUAUGGCGCAGGGGAUCGAACGGUCCCAAGUCGACUCCUGCCGGAUCGACGUGAGACGGAACAUCACCGCACCGCUUUCUCGGCCAAGUGCCUGGCCUUGAUUCCGUCCGUGUCUGCCACUCGAACAGAGCCACCGCAGGCGAGGAUAUACCACGGCCUCCAUUAAGGCACACGAGACUGAUGCUCGCAACGACAGUAUCGGGCCUUGGUUAGGGACAAAGCUCCUUCAUUCCUCUGGAUGGUUCAAGGGUAACUACACACCAUCCCACCAGAGUCCUGGACUCCUGGCAGUUAGACUCUGGCAUCGCUCUGGUCAAAGAGUCAAAUGUCCUGCAUGAGCGUCUUCGGUCCA